CAGAGUGGAACUUCUACCCGACUGGCAACAAGUGGUUGCGAAAAAUUUGCCGGGGCGUUACGUCCAAAAUUAACGUUCCAUCAACGUUUUCGCAACGAUUUUAAAAUGUUAUUUGAAGCAGUUGCCGGGCCGGCAAGGAGAAUUUUUAUUCGGAGGGAAUUUGUGGGAGUGAAGCGAGCAGUGAAGAAAGCCCUCCGCAAAGGCUCAGAUCUCAAGUUUUUGCUCGCGAUCCUUUUUUUCAUAUUGUUUUCCGCUGCCGUCCUAUUGGUCUCGAAAACCUUCAUGAGGGAAAACCGCUUGGAUCCCCUUUUAAAUUUCCAUCAAAGUACUCCAGUUCCCGUUUCCCGAGAUUCACCAAUACCCCUCCAGCGGAACAAUAUGCUCCCAAGUAGGGAUGGCAGACAUGAGGACCAGUCCCUCCCUUCUGUCAAAAAUCUUACUGCGAUCGAUGGUGACUGGCAACCUGUAGCCGCUACAGCAUUCAAGUUCUUCGUUUACUCAGCGUACUUGGACGUGCGAGUUAACAGACUCAGAGUGAUCGCCGCAGCAAAAACCAUUGCUCCGGACCGAGUUUCGUGUCGAUUCUGGUCAUCGUCUGGCAACGAAUCGCGAAUCUCUCCCGCCCGUGUUCAGGCCAUCCGAGAGAAUUGGAACCUGAUGUACACUGCCACAUUCGUUUUAUGUUCGCUGCCGAUUGACCUGACGUUCGAACUAUCAUCGGUAUCAGUGAUACAUCAGCUCGACGCGCCCAUCACCAAUCAUCUCCUCAUUCGGAAUCUCAACAUGUCAUUCUCUCCAACCUCUCAUAACAAGAGGAGCUCCAACUUUACCUCUCUUGCCGUUUGCAUUCAGCCGGUUCACAACCAGUUCAACGACGUGAAUAAACUGAUGGAAUUCAUCGAGCUGAACAUACUGCUGGGAAUGUCUCAUUUCUUCCUUUACAAUGUAUCAAUAGGGCCCGAAGGAAGCUGCGCUAUCCAGCAGUACGUUAAAGAUGGUAUCGUCACGAUCCUUCCUUGGAAACUAGACAUGACGUCAGACAAAGAGAUCCGAAUGGUGGGAAUUUUUGCAGCGCUGAAUGAUUGCCUUUACCGCAGUAUGCACCUUUACUCGCACACUGCUGUCAUCGAUCUGGAUGAAUUCAUCAUCCCGCAGGAACAGCUCACUUUGCCUCGGCUGAUCAGCCGGUUAGAGCAAAAGUUCGACACCCGCAAGACUGGCGGAUACUCCUUCCGAAACACGUUCUUCUACCUCCAAUGGCCGGACGACGCAAGACUCAACCACAAGUAUUCCGUCAUCACCGACAACUUUUUGACCCUCCGCAAGACUCGUCGAAAAGUGAAAUUGAACCGACACAGAGAGCGCUCGAAAUAUAUUUGUAAGCCAGAGUUGGUCAAAGAACUCGGCAAUCAUUUCAUCUGGGAGUUCAUGCCAGGUUACGGUAUGUUAGAGGUGUCGCCCGACUUAGUAAGAUUUUUCAAUAGUUGUGUACCUAUGCCAGAUGACGAUGGAGAAAAUAGGCACCUACCUAGGUAUCCGAAGUAUAUUCGGUAA